AGUAAAGGAUUUAAUGGCCCUCGGUCCCAAACAACCCUUGCUCCGAAAGGAAUUUAGCACUGGAUCUGAGGGAUCACGGGACAGGGUGCUUAUGGACCACACGGGCUCUCAGGCCCCUCCUCCAGCUGCUGAUGUCACUCGCAGUUGUGAGCGGCCGCCUUUCCCGGGGACAAUGUGGGACUGAGCGGCCCAGCCGCCGCUGCCGCCGCCGCAGAACAGCCCCAGCGAGUCCUUAGAGGAGCCAGACACAAACCUCCAGGCCAAGGGUGGAUGGAGAUGAUAGUUGGGAGCACAAAGUGUUCUCCCUUUUCCUGUGGCUCUUCAUCUCCAGCUCUGACCUAGCUUCUUGCCUGAGAACCAGCUGAGCUACAGCGUGGACACACUCCCAGGCCUCCGUGGCCCCAGCCCCGCCUGACAGGAUGAGCAGUUCAGAUGCGGGGCUGGAGGAGGGGUCGGAGCUUAGCAUCACCCUCACUCUACGGAUGCUGAUGCAUGGGAAGGAGGUGGGCAGCAUCAUUGGGAAGAAGGGAGAGACUGUCAAGCGAAUCCGGGAACAGAGCAGUGCCCGGAUCACCAUCUCUGAGGGCUCGUGCCCUGAGCGAAUUACUACCAUCACCGGCUCGACAGCUGCUGUCUUCCAUGCAGUCUCCAUGAUUGCCUUCAAGCUGGAUGAGGACCUUUGUGCUGCUCCUACAAAUGGUGGCAGUGUCUCCAGGCCUCCAGUGACCUUGCGCCUUGUCAUCCCUGCCAGCCAGUGUGGAUCACUGAUAGGGAAGGCAGGCACCAAAAUCAAGGAGAUCCGAGAGACCACGGGAGCCCAGGUGCAGGUGGCGGGGGACCUGCUCCCCAAUUCCACAGAGCGUGCUGUCACCGUGUCUGGGGUGCCUGACGCCAUCGUGCUGUGUGUGCGCCAGAUCUGUGCUGUUAUUCUAGAGUCCCCACCCAAAGGAGCCACUAUUCCGUAUCAUCCAAGCCUCUCCCUAGGUACCGUCCUCCUCUCUGCCAACCAGGGUUUCUCUGUCCAGGGUCAGUAUGGAGCAGUGACCCCUGCGGAGGUCACCAAGCUCCAGCAGCUCUCAGGCCAUGCAGUUCCCUUUGCCUCUCCCAGUGUGGUGCCAGGACUGGAUCCCAGCACACAGACCAGCUCACAGGAGUUCCUGGUGCCCAAUGAUCUGAUUGGCUGUGUGAUCGGACGCCAGGGCAGCAAGAUCAGUGAGAUCCGGCAGAUGUCAGGGGCACAUAUAAAGAUUGGGAACCAAGCAGAGGGUGCUGGGGAGCGGCAUGUGACCAUCACUGGCUCGCCGGUCUCCAUUGCCCUGGCUCAGUACCUCAUCACUGCCUGUCUAGAGACGGCCAAGUCUACCUCUGGGGGGACGCCUGGCUCAGCCCCCGCAGAACUGCCCACCCCUUUCUCGCCACCCCUGACGGCCCUGCCCACAGCUCCCCCAGGCCUGCUGGGCACACCUUAUGCCAUCUCCCUCUCCAACUUCAUCGGCCUCAAGCCUGUGCCCUUCUUGGCUCUACCACCUGCUUCCCCAGGGCCACCGCCAGGCUUGGCGGCCUACACUGCCAAGAUGGCAGCGGCCAAUGGGAGCAAGAAAGCUGAACGGCAGAAAUUCUCCCCCUACUGAGGCCGGCUGAGGCACAGGCGGGGGCAGGCAGGACCGCCAGCAGGGGCUGCCUCCACAUCCUUCCUGCCCAAGGAGACUCCACCAUGGGGUCUCAAGCGCCAGUAAUGCCAGACGCAUGGAUGCGCACCCCAACCUUGCCCCGUCUUUGGAGUUCCUCCUCAGAGAGGGGACAGUUUCUGGCCCAGGGUUCUAGGAGCUAUGGCAGCAGCCCCAGGGCAGGGGCUCCACCCCUUCAGACCUAUGCUUGGAUGCAGGGCAUGGCUGGGCUCUCCCCAGUGCCCUGCCGUGGGAGGCAGCUCGUGUCCUCUCCAUCCCUUUGGGCUUUCAGCCUGCUGCCCCAGUGGGAGUUGGAGGAGAGUGAGGGGUGGCUGGGGCCAAGCUUCUCUUCAUCCCCUGCAGAUCCUGCUGCUUUCACCGAUACCCUUUUGACUGGAAUAGACUGGCUGGGCUUGUCAGAGGGCAACCCAAAGAGAGGGCUCUGCCUGUAGCCGGGGGGAGUGGCCUAGGGGCAGGGGCCCAGUUCUCAGCAGCAGACACUCUGUACAGUUUUUUCAAUCCCUGUUUUUGAAUAAAUAUUCUCAGCGACCAGAAA